AUGGACAUGGAGCUUGGCAUGGACGCAGCUCAACUGGAUACGCAAAGGAAGAAGGGAGAAGCCAUCUUGAAGACCAGCUCGACCACUACUCGACCAACCGGUCGAGUUCCUCAACUCGACCGGCCAAGCUUCAACUCGAUCGAGCUGAGAAUGGACACAAGCAAGAAGCUAGCUGAAAUCAACUCCAAGAUCGAGAAUCUCAACACAAGGGUUUACUCUCUGGAGAAUCAUGCUUCUUCUGUUGCUGCUGCUACAAAGCAAGGACAACUACCUGGUAAAGCUAUUCAGAACCCCAAGGAACAGUGCAAGGUCAUCUUCACUCAAGAAGGACUUGUUGAAGAGGAGGAUCAAGAGAGAGUCAUUGAAGAUUUUUGUUUACUGCUGAAUGAUGAUGAGAUUGUUGCUGCUGAGGCUCCUGGAGUCCAGAUUGAUCAACCAGAAGUGCAGCACCUACUGUGGCCAUUCACACUUCACCAUCAAGGUCACAAGGAAGUGAUUCACAAGUUCAGAAGAGAUCUCAGUGGGAUUGGAAUUGAGUUGCCUCCUAUGGAUAGCAUGAUUCAACCUGCUUACUUCACCACUUUCCUACCAAAGGUCAAGGAUCAAGGGAAAUUCACUCUCCCUUGCACACUUGGGCAUCUUGAGCUUGACAAUGCCUUAGUGGAUUCUGGAGCAAGCAUCAAUCUGAUCUCUCUCUCCAUGGCAGAGAAGCUAGGCAUUGCUGGAGCCUUGCAGCGCCCUACUACUUCAAUCAUGUUUGGAGAUGCAACUUCUAAGUCUCCUCUUGGAGUGUUCAAGAACUAUCACUUGAAAAUUGGAGAAUGCAUCAUCCAAACUGAUCUCACUGUGAUGGAAAUGGAAGAAGAGAAGGAUCUACCUCUGUUAUUGGGAACCCCAUUCCUUAGUACAGUUGGCGCUUCAAUAGACUUUCACAAGCAAGAAGUGAUCCUUCACAAGGUGAAUAGUUUGGUGUCAUAUCGCUUGCAGCCUAGAGGUUCAGACUUUUGUGCCACAAUUGACAGUACAACUCUCAGUUCUAAGAGUCAUGAAGCUACAAAGGUUGUGAAGGAAAGGGUUGACAAAGAACCAAGAGUUGGGAAGGAUAAGGAAGAGAAGGACAAGGAGUUGAUAGAGGACCAAGGACUGAGAAGCCACGUCUUGAGAGGGCUAGAGUUGAGAAACCACGAUCUGAUAGGCCAAGAGCUGAAGACUUGUUCAAGCCCCUUGUCCUCUAAGGCAAGACCAGGAGAUAAAAGAAAGGAUCCACCAGCUCAGGCCCCUUCAGUCAAGCCAUCUCAGCUCACAAUGACUUUGUUCCCCACCAAGUUUGAAAAUGGGAAGAUUGAGUACAAGAUAAGGUACAAGGGGAGAUCAAGGCCAUUCUCUAGAGCCAAGGCCUUGGUGACUUCAGAACAAUCCAGGGACCCAACCAAGCUAAAGGAGCUUCUGUCUCAAGUCCUCACUAUCACCCUUGAUGGUGGGACUAGCUCAACCAAUGCCUAA